CGGCCCCAUUCACCGACUCAAAUCUUAAACCCUUCUUAAGCCCUUUCAUCACAUUGACACAACGGCUUUGAUUCUCCGUACCCGUCGGCCGGCCGGUCGAUCUUCCUCGUCAUGGCGAAUCGUCUAUGUUGCCGACCGUUGCGCACAAUACUUACGCCUUGCGUCUCUUCCUGCUCAAAGUACAGCAAUGGUAACAAAGCCCCAAUUCCUCUUCCUCCCUUCGUCUCAGCUGGAAAUGGAAGCAGAAGCUAUAAUUAUAUAUCCGAGAUGCGAAAGUCGGCCUUGGAAGGUAACAUCAUCAGGCUUCUUCGCAAUGAGAUCCAGUACGAACUCGAUCGCUCUCCUUCGACCUCACUGCAGCAUGUUCCCGAAUUCAAUUCAUUUACUGUGGAUGAACGGCCGUGUGAGCAGUGGAUUAGAUUGAGUAGGAAAUUUGGAGAGAACGAAGAGAUUAAAGUCGAAGUCACAAUGUUUGAUGGCUCUGUUCCUGUUGAGAAGCCUAGCAGUAAUGUUCCCGCGCCCACAGCCGAAGAUGAUGUAAAACUUCAUAUUACUCUCAUUGUUAGCAUCUUCAAGGGGAAAGGAGAGCAUGCCUUGGAGUUCGUGUGCUCAGCAUGGCCAGAUUGCAUUGAGAUUCAGAAAGUCUUCACGCGUGGUCACCAUCACAAUCGGAUGGCGCCUCUGCCUUACACGGGUCCUCCAUUCAAGGAAUUGGAUGAUGAGCUGCAAGAUUCGCUUUAUGGGUUCUUGGAAGCAAGGGGUAUAAAUGAUGGCCUUGCUGCUUUCUUGCAUGAAUAUAUGAAGAACAAAGAUAAAGCCGAGUUUAUUCGUUGGAUGGGCACUGUCAAGUCUUUCUUUGAAAGAAACACAGGGCUUGGUCAUGCAAAGUUACAAAGCAAUUGAGAUUUACGGUAAUGAAUUGAACCCACGACCUAUUGAUAUGAAUCACAACUUAUGACUCAACUACUUGAUCUGUGUCUUGGUGUGACUUAGUUUUUUCUUGUUUUGGUAACGCACAAUCAUGAGCGCCCGCUGUUGUUCGGUUCCACGAUAUCAGCAAGAGAUGUAAAUCAGAAGACUCAGCAGUCAGUUUGAUCCCUAGUUCUGCCGCAAACGUGAAAGUGACAAGCAAUUUUCAACUUUUAGAAUCGCUCUGACUGUUGAACUUUCUUCCCUAACCAAGGCUCGAACACUGAACCUGGAGGCCUAAAAAGCAACAUUCCAAAAUGUACUUUUUUUGUCAGCGGAGCGAUGCCCUACGGGCGACUUAGAUCAUUUUGAUCCAUAAUGUCUGUGGUUUACUUUGCCAAUUCUAAAUUAAAACAUAAAAAA